CGGUCCCUUCAGACUCAUCCCGCCGCGGGCUCCGUUCCAAAAUUACUAGCCCUCGUCUCUCCCAUUCCUCGCUCGUUCCCGACUCCCUCGCGUUGGCCGCCGGAUUCCAUGGCGACCGACGUUUCCCCUGCCGAUGGAAUCCAGAAGGUCUGCGACUAUCUCGAGGCCCAGAAAACCCUAAUCUCCAACUGCACCCUCCUCUGGAAGAACCUCUCCGACCACUUCUCCUCCCUCCGCCAAACCCUCGCCGACCGCUCGCAGGCCAUCGACUCCCAGAUCCAAGCCCUCGACGCCGACACCGAGCAAACCCUAGAAUCCCUCGAUCUCCGCGAGGCAUCCAUUCCCGACCGUGAGUCCACCGCCGCCGCCCUCAUCCAGGAGCGCCAGGACGCAGUCCUCGCCGAGAUCGAGAUCCCCGACGCCAAGCCCCCAGACGACCUCCCGGGGCUCCUCCGCUGGUACUGCCGCCGGAUGGACUCUGCCGGCCUCUGGCGGUUCGUCGUAUCCCGCCGCAGGGACCUCGCCAUACUCCGGAAGGUGAUCGACCAGGCCGUCGCCGAAUCGGUGGACCCCGCCCGGCUUGUGGUCGACGCCGUGGCGGACUUCUUGGACCACCAGACAAGCGGCGGCGCCGACCGGUGCUGGGCCCUGGGGAUGCUGCUCCGGGCACUCUUUGACUCCGAGGGGAGGAAGGCGCCGAAGGUGUCGAAGAGCAUGAGGGAGAAAGCGGCGGCAGUGGCUGAGGCGUGGAAAGAGAAGCUUGGCGGAAACAAAGGAGGAGGAGGGGAAGGAGGGAUGGGCGGUUCGGAGGCCCAGUUAUUUCUGCAAAUGGUGGUGGCUUUCGGUUUGAGCUCAAAAUUCGAGGAAGAGUUGUUGAAGAAAUUGGUUCUGGAGCAUGCCUCGAGGAAAGAGAUCGGGAAGCUUGCUCCUGGAUUAGGACUUGGGGAGAAAAUGGCAGAUAUUAUUGGUGAGUUGGUAAAGAAUGGAAAGGAGCUUGAGGCUGUAUAUUUUGCUCAUGAAGCUGGUUUGACUGAACGAUUUUCACCUCUUCCUGUUUUGAAGUCUUAUCUCCAAUCCUCAAGGGAAAAAGCUAAUGCCAUAUUGAAAGAUGGGAAUCAUUCCACUGCUUCUACGGAACAGGCUACCGGAGCAGAGAUGAGUGACCUCAGGUCCAUAAUCAGAUGUGUUGAAACUUGCCGUCUUGAAUCAGAAUUCAGUAUUGAUGGGCUUAAGAAGCGAGUUGCACAAAUGGAGAAAGCGAAGGCUGAAAAGAAGAAGGCUGCAACAGCCAACAAAUCUGGGAGCAAGAGAAAACGGUCAACCGGCGGCACCGCGCUCUCUUUCCGUCCUGCCAAGGCAACUAGGACCUUCAAUGCUCCUUCCCAUCGGUCACCCACCGUACCUCAGCUCCCAGUGGGUCGCCAGCCAUACAGUUGCUCGAGUCGGGGUGGCUUUGAUGGCCCACUGUCUGCAUCGUAUGGUUUAGCUUAUAGCCAGACUCCCAUUAUGUCUCAACCGUAUUAUGGGCCUGAUGAAAUGAGUGGAAGACGAAGUCGUGUGCCUUAUGGAACUUCGAUCAAUUAUGGUGGAUAUGAUUAUGCUGCUCCUUCACAAUCAUCAUAUCCGCACCGAGUCUAGGUACAGAAUGUUGUGCUUCAUUCUGUUGUGACACAUCAAAUGCCAACUUUAGAUGUUGAUACAGAAUGUCGUGCUUCAUUCUGUUGUUAGACAUCAGAUGCCUACUUUAGAUGUUGAAGAAACUCUCUUUUUCCCGUACCGUCAUUCUUCUUCUUCUUCUUGGUAAUGUGGCUGUUAUUUUA